AACGACUUGGGUUUCAAGUGAAACAGAGACGGGCAAGGGUUCGAAGCAUGACGCGCCGGCCAUCUCCCUGUCAGCCUUGCAUACCCGCCUCUGAAGAACCAUUAAGCAGGCCAAUCAAAGCAUCGCAGUGGCAGUAUUGCAGUACCAAUUUUGGCGACCUCGAACGCGGCCCCCCUGUGGGCAGCCCCUGACUUUGAAGCAGACCUCAGGCUUUGCCAGCAAGCGAGAGCACUUCAAUUGGGAAAUAUGUCCACUCGGUGGAUCGCGCACCCAGUCUCGCCAUUCACCUAUCUUUGGCAUCAAAUGGGAGAGGGUCCGUAGUUUGGCCACUUUCAGGGUUGAACCCCAUUCUCGUCUUUGUCCGGUGUCCCCUGGUGGCGCCUGCUGUGCUGGGCAAAUGGGAUUCUUGGGCUCCUGUCGCAUCUUUGACAUACUCAACUCGAUUUCGAGACUGUCCACGCACUCAUUCACCCAUUCUAUUCCUACCCCAAACCAAACAACCGGCAGCCAGUGAUCAUCAUCUUGCCUGUUUCAACUGUCUGUUCGCUGUUGCUACUCUCCGGCCAGCGCUUACCCCCCACAGUAACCACACCACUCAACGUAUCACACACCACCCACCGAGGGCAAAACUGAGAGAGAUCCAAACAAAGGAAGACCCGGCUCAGCGAGAUUCCACACAGACGGCCCAGUCCCGGUCUCCACCACACGGAAAUAUUCUGAUCAGGGUUCGACCCGAAGGCACCAAACGAGAGAGUGAGAGAGUGAGAGAGCGAGAGAGAGAUAGGGAGAGAGCCUUGCUCUGGAUUCUGCCGAGCCUUUGUCCUUCCCUGCUUGCCCACCAAACUUCAUCCACGCGCCUCUCCUCCUUGCUUUCCCUCUCCACCUUAGCAGAGUGAGAUGGUGAUGGCCUCCUCUACCUGAGGCAUGCUAUAGUUUAGGGCAUCUAUUUCCAUUCGACUCACAAGUCAAUCCUAGUCGGCAUGGUGGUAUUGCGUUCUUGACCAUCCCCUCCUUUCCUUUCUCUUUGCCCCCAUUGACUGGGUGGUCGACCACUCUCUUUUACCAAACUUGAACGGCCGCUGGACGGACAUCAUCGCCGUCACGCCCACGAUAUAAUGGCGACACCCGGUGGCGUAUCGGCCCUUGUCGCCGCCUUCGCCUUUGGAAUCGUUGUUAACGCCGCGUCCGCUGCACUCUUUCUAUCUAUCAAGGCCGGCAAUGGAUCCAUCUUUCGGGACGGCCAGAGGCUGGUCCUCGCUACUUUUCUUCUAAGCGCCGCUCUGUGGGCUCAAAUCGGCUUUAUAACCACCGCCGUGGAUGUGGACGCCGCCAGCGUGUGCUCAAUCACUGCCAUCUUCACCACCGUCUUCGACCAACUCGCACGCUUCUCCAUCGAACAGUUUCUGCUAUGGGCUAUCAACAAUGGAGCCCCCGGCGGGGUGGGACAGUACUUCCAACAGGCUGUUCUGCUGGCUAGGUUCGCGGUCGGCUUUGUCUUUGUGGGUUUCACCAGGAGGCAGUCGACUGAAGUCUGCGCGCCCAUUUCGUCCAUGCUUCCGAUCGCCAUCAUCGUCGUGGCGUUGGACGUUGUGGUCCUAGCCAUGUUGACUGGUCGGGCCUAUACUAUCGGCGUGUUCAGCAGCGCCAAGGCAUCACCCGACAGUGUGAGGAGGGGUGCUGCCCGUGGCAAGGCGAUUGUCGCCAUCUUGGUCGGCUUUGCCAUCUGGACCGCUACGAGCGUGACGCUGCAUCUAGCGAUGCCUACAAUUGACCUUAUACUUAGAACCGCGCUUCCAGCAGCCGGUAUUACCAUCUUAAUAAUUAUUGUAACCUCAUCGAUCGACUCUUUCUCGAACGAACCCAAGGCUCGCCAUUCACGCCAACCCGAGUCGCCCACGAGACGACUCGACACCCGUGACCUGACCACUGCCGGAUCCGAAGAGUAUCCCCCGAUACAUUACGAAGACCUGAAACGCGACGACACGAACAUUUACGCACAACCUCGGGCGAUGGGCGGAGGGAUGGGCAACACAACCAUGAUUGGCAUUGGAGGACAACCGGUCACGGGAGCGCUGUUUCCUCCCAUGAGGGCCGCAACGGAGCCUGCCACGCCUGGAGCACGAAAGGCUGGAGUGCCGGUGAAGAGGGGUGCCUUUGAUUCCAAUGGAAAGCUGGUCAUCUCCCAACCGAUUCUCGAAGCCACGGGCGACCAGAACCCGCUCAACAAGAUCCCGACAAUGGACCUCGAAAAGGCUGCUGAGAUGGACAGGGAAAGGCGGCAGGAGGCACUGCAGCUUCUCCAGAGGGAAUCUGCUCUUAUUGCCAAACGGCCUGCACCGCAGCCCCCGAGCGUCAGUUCGUCAGAGGAUUCGUUGAUGCGCGCUAGGAGCCUGAAGCGCAAGACGAACAUGACAAUGAGCACCGGAAUCGUUGGGCAGGCAACAAUGACCAGAAUGGAGCCUGUGCCGAUGCCAGUGCCUAUGCAGACUUCGGCCACGACAACGUCGGCAGAGCUUUCACCCGGAGUCGACGAGAUUCGCAGGAGAUCUCCUAGGCAUAAUCCUCAAGCCGAAAGCCCCGGCGCUGUUCCUUCUAGAACUGAGCCAUCCCCAAGGCGGAUGUCCCAGGAUAGCGAAGUCCUGCCAUCGAGGUCACCAUCCCAGCGGUCAAGGAAGACCCCCUCCCCUCCUCCAGCUCGCACGCCACGGGACGUACCACCCAAGGUGAUUGGCGCACCGACAAACCAGGAUCGUGCCAAAAUGGCGCCAAACGCCAACCAGUUCCAAUCGGCCUUUUACGUACCGAUCAGGCCGUCCCGUCAACGUACCGAGUCUGAAGCGAAGACCGAUUCCGAGCCCCCACAGACGCAGCUUCAAAGGCGGCCCACAAUCGGUCUACCUGGGAACCCCAGAGCCAAGGCAAUGGCUAUGGCUGCCGCUCCUAACGGCACCGAAGAAGCAGAGAGCAAGCAAGCGCAGCAGCAGCAGACCAUCAUGUUCGUUAACAACAUCACUUACAACGAUCCAGAAACCGUUCAGAACAUUAUCGAUGAGGCCAACAAUAACAUGAUCAUGGACGACCAUGAGAUCGACUUCCCGUUGAAGAAGACAAACUCGAUGGUUCACAGGCCCAGACCGAUUCCAAGGAAGCCGGAAAAGGACCGCGUCAUCUUCCCUGCUGAGCCUUCACCUAACCAGAUGAAGCAUAAAAGGUCAAAGUCGGGAGGCUCUUUGGCAAGUCGGCGAUCUAUUCUGCAGUCGGCUCCAGGCAGCCCGACACAGUUACCGCCUCUGCCACCUCCUCCAAAGAGUGCCGCUGGUCUGAUGAGGCCGCACCCUAACGACACCAAGAGCAUGACAUUCGACGAAAAGAUGGACCUGUUCUACUCUGUUGAUAACCCAGCUCCCCCUAGGCCUGCGGUGCCACCGGUACCGUCCAAUUUCUUCGACAUGAGCGACACGAACACACUUCACGAAGAUGAGGAUGACAGGAAAUCACGGGCUACACAUAGGACCACCAGGUCUUCAUUCAAGACGGAAAGUGUUCUCGACUUCUCACCCACGGAACCCGCAGGAAUACGGCAAACCGAAAGGUCGACAAACGCAAUCAGCGAGCACGAGGACUUAUACUUCAUUUCCGGACUCGAGGAAACUGUCCCACAGAACCGACCCUCGGUUGGUAUCGCCUCGAAACGCGCAUCCUCACCCAUCAUUCCACCAGCGCGAGACUCUGCCUGGACCGAAGCCUCCGACACGAAAGCAUGGACAGAAGCCGAGACAGCUUGGGGAUCUCUUCAUUCGCCUGUGGUAGCGAUCAAUUUCCAGAAAGAGAAGGCGAAAGCGCUGGAGAUUUCUCGUGCUAGUGCGCAGGAAGAGGCCAAGGACGACCAGAAGCUGAGACCCGACGCCAAAAUCGCUUCCGAGCUCUUCAACAACCGAGACGACGGCCGCGAAACCAUGAUGUUUAUGCUUGACCCUUCGAUGGUACAGGACCAGUCCCGGAACGUGGAGGAGGAGCAGCCCCGGGAGGUCGAGGAGCAGCAGAUACAAGAGUCUGAGCAAGAGCAGCUUGAGCAAGAGGGCUUUGUGGAGGUGCAGGACGACGAGGAGACUUUGCCCAGUACAGUAUUCUCAGGUUGGCAUAGGCGUGUCGGCGACGACUGCCCGACAUUCUCUGAGCGCAAGGAAAAGAUGCGUUCCCGAAUGCCACCUCCGAUCCCUCUCCUGCUCGGCAAACCUUCUACGAGAAACCCUGUGAUUGUCAAGGCUGCCGAACCGUCGCCCCUGGAGUCGCCAGAGCAAGCCCUCCAAAUGAUUCAAGCGCAACUCAGGAAGAUUGACCAGCCGAACCGGGAUUCUUUUGAGAGCCAGGGCACUCGCAACGCACUUUUAGAAAAUCUGGAGAAGGAGAUGGACGCCCAACAAGGCCACUGGGAAGAUAUGAAGCACGGCAUGAGAGACUCGCUAUCAACGGUCCGCACUUCACUGACAAUCGAUUCGCGCCCACAGUCGUUGGCAAAAUCACCCCUCCUAGAUGUUGCACGCGCGUCUAGAAGUAUUCCAUCAGAGGGCCGGAUGACGAGGAGGAGCGUCGCCAGUGUCAAGUCUAGCAGAUGGCAGGACCGCCUCGCUGAGGCACAGGAGGAGUAUGCCGACAAUGCGCCGGAGCGCCUGACUACGCGCGACAUCAACUUCCUGACUCUCUCGCAGAUGGGAAGCCCGACGCCACCUGACACGGAUGAUUCUCAAGACCAGAAGGAUUACAAGUCGCUCGAUGCGGAGCUCAAUGAGCGGUUCACGAACGAGUCAGUUGAGGCUUACACCGCCAAUCUCAAUCAAGUCGCAUCUCCCAAGGCUCUUUGGCGACCCGUGACACAACAAACUGCAACCCCGUCAAUCUCCCUCUGGGCCCACAUCCCCGCCCGAUCCACCCAAGUCCAGGCGUCCCCGAUCGAUCAAGGGUCAUCAGCUCGCACUGCACCCCGGAAGGAUAUCGAGCCCCUCACCAUUGAGAGCCGCCAACUAUGGCAGCAAAGCCGCAAUGCUACCAAGCGGUCCCCGAGCGGUCUGUGGCAACCGCCCUACGUUCAGAGGCAGUCAGUCGUCACUGCCAAGACACCAGCCCCCAGCAACGUAGUAAAGGAAGAGCCUCGCGCCGCCGAGAAACCUACUCGCCCGGUUACUGUCAGGCCUCCCCGAAGGAGCCGCCGCAUAACACUCCUCCCUGACAUCAUCGAGGACCCUCAGCCGCUCCCUGACAAGAGGGGCACUCUUGGUAUCUUCCAGUUCCCCUGGGGCGAGAAAUCGGAUACGGGAGUCAUUCAACCCCGUCAGACCAUGUUCGCCAUCCCAGGUACCAUGGCAUCCGGAGGCCCGGCCCUCAAUGCUGCGCUCCAGGCCCGCUCCAUGCAAAUAGAAGAGACGGAAUACUCGUCUUCCUUCUUUGAUGAUUACGAGGAUGAGGACGAUGGUGACAACAUUGAUGACUCUGAGGAGGAAGGCGAGAACUCUGGCGACGACUUUGACGAGACCACGCUCUGGGAGAUUGCCAGUCUGCUCAAGACCGACUCUGUUCUCCCAUCCAAGAACAGCCUGCUGCCGCCUCGUGAUGGCCCCACCAGCUCCGUUGUUGACGACUACAUGGACGAGGCUGAUGACGCUCGCGAGUCCAUCGUGGUCGGACUUGAGGGCAUUCUGGAGGAAGAUGAGGAGCUCGACACCCAAUCCGCUGCUGUACCUGCGCUGUGGACCCCUGCCUUGUCCGUCCAGGAGAAGAGGGGCAGCCAGCAUGGUCUCGGUGUUUCCCAGCCCGACUCGGCCACCUGGAAGAGCUACGACAACGUCUCGGAAACCAUCCGCUCGCAGCCCAGGCAGUCUGAGAUUGCGCCUAUCGAGACCGAUGAGCUCUGGUCAUCUGCUGGCUCUGCUAAGAAGUCUGUUGCCGUCGCCAUGUGGUCUGCUGCCGCCGUUGUUUCCCAGGUCAAGGGCAACCACGGCAAGGGCCUUCCGCAGCCUGAUGCUUCCACCUGGGCCAUGUAUGACGCAGUCCAGGAAACCGCCAGGAGCAAACCGCGCGUUUCGGAGGAGCCCUUGGUUAUCGAGAGCACCAAUCUGUGGCACUCUGCUGCCCAAUCAGUGAAGAAGGCUACUGCUAUGUGGUCUGCUGCUGCAGUUGUUUCCCAUGUCAAGGGCAACCACGGCAAGGGUGUUUCUCAGCCUGAUGAUGUCACCUGGAGCAAGUAUGACUUUGUGCGUGAAACCUCGCGCGCAAAGCCCCGUCAAGCAGAGCCUGCCAUUAUUGAAAGCCAGGCUCUGUGGGUUGACUCCCCACCAGUGUCGCCCAAGGCCGAGGUUGACUGGAGCCAGGCAGGCUCUGGCGCUCUGUCCAGCCCCAAGGCAUCCAUAGUGGCGACCUCAGCUGUCGCUACGACAGGUGUCUGGUCCGCCUCGACCGUCGUCCCACAAACACGUGGUGACCACGGCAAAGGCCUUGCCCAGCCGAACAACUGGGAGCUGUACAGUGCUACCACCGAGACUGUCCGCACAAAGCCACGCCAAUCGGAGCCUGCCAUCGUCGAGAGCUCUGAUCUUUGGUCUUCGUCGGCCCAGAAUUCCAAGCCCGAGGUGAACUGGAGCCAAGUUGGUGUUACUGCUCAGUCUAACCCCAAGACAACCGUGGGGACAUGGACUGCUGCUAGUGUCGCAACGACUAUCCGUGGCGAGCACGGCAAGGGUCUUUCACAACCUGCUGAUUGGCACUUGUAUGAUGCUGUUACAGAGACAAGCCGCGCAAAGCCCCGUCAAGCUGAUCCGGCUGCCAUUCAAAGCUCCUCCCUCUGGGUUUCACCUCCUCAAUCCCCUCAAGCUGCAAGAGACUGGAGCACGGUUGGCUCGACCUCGACACCUCAAUCGCCUGUCCCCAACGUCUCCGCCAUCUCUUCCGUUUCCGCGGUGGCAACUGUCGGUGUAUGGACUGCAACCACCGCCCUGAAGGCCCGAGGCGAGCACAACAAGGGCCUUCCACAGCCCGAGAACUGGCCGCUGUACGAUGCCACGGCAGAAACCGCCAGGGCAAAGCCCCGCAAGGCCGAGCUUGCCGCUGUUGAGAGCACCAGCAUGUGGGCUGAACCGGCUCCGGCCAAGAAGGUCACUGACUGGAGCAAAGUCUCUGUCUUCAAAGCGCCCAAGGCCCCCGAGAUCCCCAAGACUAGGCCGUCGACGCCUCCACGAAAGGUGCGGUCCAGAGCCAACACCAUCUCCCCCGCCCACAGCCUGCUCUCGACCCCAAUGAGCACACCGCGCAUCAGAACCGACAACUGGCCCCUUUGGCCUCUCUGGACACCUAUGCCGCGCACGCCGAUCGUCUUCCAAAACAACGGCGGUCUUUUCCAUCCCCGCCCGCCGAAGCCCAACACACGUACCACUGACGAAGAGCCUGCCGCCAUCGAGAUGGAGCGUUACAUUCGUGGCCCCGAUUACAAGGAAUUGGACAGGCUCGAGUCCACCAGUAUGUGGACUCUGCCGGUUGUUACCCAGGGACAGGAGACCAACUGGAUCAAGGCUGCGUCAUCAUCGAGGAUGCAGAAGAAGGUUGCUACUGCGGCUCAGUGGCAUCUCGAGCUCAAGGAGGCCGAGGAGAAGAGCUAUCCUUCAGAGUGGAUGCCGAGGUUUUCAGCAUCUAUCGAUGACUGGGAUGCCGCCCUCGAGGGUGCCAUCAUGAUGUCGCAGAUUCCCGACCACGAGUUCCCUAUCGAAGAGGCUCCCGCGCAAAAGCCCAAGGCCCCUGUCGACUACAGCCACCGCAGGGUUAGCUCCGAUGACUGGGACGCUGCCCUCGAGGUGGCACUCAUGAUGUCCAACUUGCCUGAGCCAACCCACCCUGUCGCUCCCGUCAAGACCAAGGCCUCCGUUGACCGCAGCCACCGCAACGUGACUGCCGCCGACUGGGAUGCCGCUCUCGAGGUCGCCAUCGCCAUGUCCGAACCACAGCAGGCUGCUUACGCCGAGGAGAUUCCCGCUGAGUUCGGCUCCGACAAUGACAUCAUGGCUCAGAUUAGAGCACUCGAGGAGGAGAGGAUGUUUGCCGAGCAGCAGGCCGACCGCGGAUCCAUUUUCCAGGGAUCGUACCAACAGUCGCAGGAGCAGUUCCAGCCCCUUGUGCCCCAGGUCGCGCCCCUGCAUCAGGAGACUUUUGUCGCGCAGGAGAACAACUACUGGUCGCCUCAGGACCAGCAACAGUACGACAGCUACCCAGCCCAGGGCCAGUAUGCCGAUUACUCGGCCCAGCAGACGGCCUACCCCAGCGUUUUCGUGGGCGCUGACGGUCAGAUCUACCACUAUCCCUCGCAGCCUGUCGAGGAGCCGCAGCCGCAACAGCAGCCGCAGCAGCAGCAGCAGCCAAAGGAGGAGGAGCAGCAGGCCGUCGUCCAACCAGCGGGCAGCCGUGUUAUGCUCAGGUAUUAAGUUGAGGUGUACGCCAUGAGGAUGGAUACUAUGUGUCAUGUACAAAUUUCUUGAUUUUCUUUAACAUACCCACAACAGUUUUCUGUCUUUUACAGUCGAGGCCUGCUUGUUGAACAUCACUAUCACCAUAAACUACCCCCGAUUCGCGGUUUUAUUUAUUUAUUUAUUUUUGGUUUCUGCAUUUGCGAAAUAUUCUGUUAUUUCUCCAUUAUAACACAUUAAUGGACGAUGAAAAAAAAAGCAUUACAUUCUUUUUCCACUCCCCCCUUUUCUUUUUUCUCAACUUACAUAUUAGCAUUAUCCCUUUUUUGAGCUUCGUGUUCAUAUAUAUAUAACUAGGUUGUCACAAUCUGACAUGCAUAAAACCAAAGAGUUUUUAGUCCCACAUACACUAUGUUCGCU